UUUCUUGUUUUGCUGUCUCGCGAUUGCCUUUUUAAUCUCGUGAGCACCACGCCUUGCGUCAAGCUGCGUUUAAUUGCGCUUAAUAUUGUUUGACCGGCUGCAUAGGAACGGCUUUCACAAUGACAGACCCGGUAGACGCUGAAAAAGCGACGAAAAAGUUGGUUCAUGCAGGGAUUCCCAAGGCAGAAUGCCUGGACGAUAUGGAUGAAUUUAUGGCGAGAGAAGAGAACCAAACCAUAGAUGCGGCUCUUAAGAACCUCGACGAGCAGCACAGUAAAUACAAGUUCAUGGAAUUAAAUCUGCUCCAGAAGAAACAAAGGUUAAAGAGCCAGAUCCCCGAAAUCAAAACGUCGCUGGAGAUCAUCAAACUGCUUAAAUCGAAAAGGGACUCCUCCGAAGACAUGGAGACGAGGUUCGUGCUGUCAGACCAGGUCUACUCCAAGGCUGUCAUACCUCCUACCGAGAGAGUCUGCCUCUGGCUUGGCGCGAAUGUGAUGCUGGAGUACACGCUAGAAGGUGCGGAGGAGUUGCUCUGUAAGAACUUGCAAACUGCUACGAGGAACUUUACAGAGCUGCACAGUGACCUGGACUUCCUCAGAGAUCAGAUCACAACCACUGAAGUCAAUAUGGCAAGGCUCCACAACUGGAAUGUGAAAAAGGUGCAGGCGGAAAAGUUGAUUGCCCAGUCAUUGACAUGAGCGCCAUUUGCAGCAUUACGCAAGCAGCUUUCCAAGGGCUGACUGGUUCUUCACCGAUGGUGGCACCAAGGAAGGCGUGAAUUCUCUCAAAAGUGUUACGCAGAGCUGCCAUCUUGUGGAGAGUGUCCAAACGCCGUGCUGCGCGCUGCACCAAUGUACUGAAUAAGUUAUUGCCACGUUCAUGAGACCUAACCAAAGGCUUAUAAAAUGGUGAAUAAAAAAGGCUUUGUUUCGGCUAGUUA